AGCUUGAGACGCCACCGGCGGGCAGCUACUUUCGAGUAUCCUAAUUUCACAGCUUCACACCACUACGUGGGUACUAGAUAUUCGUUCAUUUUAACCGUAAGAAAAGUUUAUAAAGUUAUAAUUGGAAUCGGAUAAGUUCAAAAAGCGUAAAACAAUAAUCAUGGGUGUCGAAGAUAAAAGUUCUGGUGUGACCACGGGUCAACCAAAUCUUUGUAAGCAAGAUUUAUCCAAACUCGAUGUCACGAAAGUGACGCCUUUGUCACCAGAGGUUAUCAGUCGACAAGCUACAAUCAACAUAGGUACCAUCGGCCAUGUAGCUCAUGGAAAAUCAACCAUCGUCAAGGCCAUCUCCGGUGUGCAAACUGUGCGAUUCAAGAAUGAGUUGGAACGAAACAUUACCAUCAAACUUGGUUAUGCCAAUGCAAAAAUCUACAAAUGUGAUGGCAACAAUUGUCCUCGACCUGCUUGCUACACUUCUGGUGGCUCAAACAAAGAUGACUCUUUUCCUUGUUCAAGAGUCAAUUGUUCCGGACGUUUUCAGUUAGUGCGUCAUGUCUCUUUCGUGGACUGUCCUGGUCACGAUAUUCUUAUGGCUACCAUGUUGAACGGUGCAGCUGUCAUGGAUGCAGCUUUGUUGCUAAUUGCUGGAAAUGAGUCUUGUCCACAGCCUCAAACAUCAGAACAUUUGGCUGCUAUAGAAAUCAUGAAAUUGAAACACAUUGUUAUUCUACAGAAUAAAAUUGAUUUGGUGAAAGAAGGUCAAGCCAAAGAACAGCAUGAACAAAUUCUGAAAUUUGUCCAAGGUACCGUAGCAGAAGGAGCUCCAGUUAUUCCCAUUUCAGCCCAAUUGAAAUACAAUAUUGAAGUUUUAUGUGAAUAUAUUACUAAAAAAAUACCAGUACCAAUGAGGGACUUCACAUCAGAGCCUCGAUUAAUUGUCAUAAGAUCUUUUGAUGUUAACAAGCCAGGUUGUGAAGUAGAUGAUUUGAAAGGUGGUGUUGCUGGUGGUAGUAUUCUGAAAGGAGUACUCAAGGUUGGCAUGGAAAUUGAAGUAAGACCAGGUCUUGUAUCAAAAGACAAUGAGGGUAAAUUAACUUGUAAACCCAUUUUCUCAAGAAUUGUUUCCUUGUUUGCGGAGCAAAAUGAGUUGCAAUUCGCAGUUCCCGGAGGUUUGAUUGGUGUUGGAACUAAGAUAGAACCAACUCUAUGCAGAGCUGAUCGUUUAGUAGGACAAAUUUUAGGAACCGUUGGUGCUUUACCCAAAAUAUUUAUUGAACUUGAAAUUUCUUACUAUCUAUUGAAAAGAUUGCUUGGAGUAAGAACAGAAGGAGACAAAAAAGGGGCUAAAGUACCAAAACUGUCUAAAAAUGAAGUCCUGCUUGUUAAUAUUGGCUCUCUGAGCACUGGAGGACGUGUUUUAGCAACUAAAGCUGAUUUAGCAAAAAUUAGCUUGACUAAUCCAGUUUGUACAGAGAUAGAUGAAAAGAUUGCUCUAUCAAGAAGAGUAGAUAAACAUUGGCGACUGAUUGGAUGGGGCCAAAUUCGUGGUGGUGAAACAAUUGAACCAACUUGUGAUUGAAUCAAAAAUUUAUUCAAUUAAAAACAACUUUUAACAGCUUAAUUUGUUAUUAUAGUACUAAAUAAAUCAUUAUAUUCCUACAAAUAGCUCAUUAAAAUGUAUUUCAAAUAGUUAAUAAAAUUAACUUGAUUUAAAACUACAAUAUAUGCAGCUAGAAUUUUCUUAUGUAUUUUAUGAAAUUGAUAAUAAAUGAAGUGAGAAUUAAUAAAACA